ACACCAAACAUCCCACAACACCCAUACAAAAGGCCAUAACACCCAUCCACCAAGAAAAAAGGAAAAGUAAGAAUCAAAUCCAGCCAACAAAAUCUCCCCAAAAUCACAAAGAACAACAACACAAAGUCUGAAACUUUCAACAAAAUUUCUCUGCAUUUCUCUCUCCUAAAAAACGGGGAACUACUUAUCAUCCCGGAUUUGCAUCCGGAAACCCAAAAUGGCUGCUUCUUCUCCUAAACCCACUUCACUUCCACUGUUUUCUUCUUCUUCCCUCGAUUUCCCUGAACAUUCCCCUCAAUUUUCUCUCUCUUCUGACCAAUUUCAGAACUGUUCUCGUGCUCUUCGUUCACUCAAGCAGAAAUUAGAGAACACCCACCUCAUUCUAAGCGAGUUCGAUUCUCUUGAGGACAAAAGAAUAAGAUCAUCUGACAUGACAAGACUCUGCAGGGUGGCUCUUGACCCUGUAAAUUUGAGCAAAAAUCGUUAUACUGAUGUCAUACCAUUUGACAGCACCAGGGUUGUUUUGACCUCAUGUAAGGACUAUAGACCGUCAGCCAGGGGUUACGUUAAUGCAAGCUUUAUAAAAACUCCUGCAGAAGGUGCUGCUCAGUUUAUAGCCACACAAGGUCCAUUGCCACAUACAUAUGAAGAUUUCUGGGAAAUGGUAUUGCAGAACCGCUGCCCUGCAAUUGUGAUGCUAACACGAUUGGUUGACAAUUACAAGACGGUGAAGUGUGGUGAUUAUUUUCAAGCAGAGGAUGGACCUCGGGAAUUUGGCGACAUUUCUAUCGUCACAAAAUUGAUAAAGACAACCGGGAGCUCUUUGGUUUUGCGCCAUUUGGAAGUGACUAAGGCAGAGUCGGAAGAGCCACCACUGUCUGUUUUGCAUAUUCAGUAUCCUGAAUGGCCAGAUCAUGGUGUUCCCAAGGACUCAUUAGCUGUUCGAGAGAUUUUUAAUAGAACGUAUCAUCUGCCACCUGGCGUAGGUCCGAUAGUGGUGCACUGCAGUGCUGGAAUUGGCCGUACAGGGACAUACUGUGCCAUCCAUGACACAAUCCAAAGAAUUGUUGCAGGAGAUAUGUCUGCCUUAGAUUUGGCCAAUACUGUUGAGGUUUUUAGAUCUCAGCGAGUCGGAAUGGUUCAAACACUGGACCAAUACUAUUUCUGCUACAAAGUGGUGGUUGAUGAAUUGGAGGAGCUCGUAUCAGGGUACAACCCCGAGAACACUGCUUAAUGGACUUAUCCUUGUUCUGCAGCGAAACUGGUGCAGGCAUAGAUGAGAAACAGUGACUUAUCAAGGUAAUCAAUCAUCCCAACAUGGAUAGAGGAAGAAUGAUGAAUGCUUGCUGUACAACAUACUGCUGAAUUUAGCGUGGAGUCUCUGCUCUUUUUUUUGUUGCACCAACCUCGGAAAAUUGGAUUCUUCUGUACAUUUUACUACUAGGAAAUUCAUGUUCUUGUACUAGUAUUAGUGCUAUUUGGAAUGACAUUUUUAAAGUUUAGCUUUAUUAUUAUUGUUGCUGCUGGUGCUUCUCAUGUUGACAAUGCUUGUUUUUUUGGGCUGUUGAAGUAAAUAUUUAAUUUGUUGUCGAACUUUAACAA